UCGAAUAUUCCCUGGUCGGAUGGGUUCGGCCUACACCAUGAUCGGUAUACGUUUCAAUCACCAGCCAGCUACAUUGACGAUCUGAAAUUGAAGGUUGACGACAAUACGAUACCGGAGCCGCAGAAGUUUUGCUGUCCCUUUAGGUUCAGAGCCACCAAGCACAACUUGUCAUACCCGGAUAACCAGCCCUGUAACGAGGGCAAGCAGUUCCCCAAUAUAUCGAAACUUAGAGAACAUCUUAAAAAGGUGCACUCCCCAGAGUACCGAUGCAGCGACUGCAACCAUAAGUUCUCCCAGGUCUCCAUCGCGGAGCUGCAGGACCUCAAGGCGUCCCACCGACACAAGUGCCCCAGGACAGGUCGCACCCCGCUGCCCGGCUUCGAUAUGACCGCCGAGCAGUGGGACAAGUGUAAGAACUGGAGCCAGAACCAGCGCGUCGACCGCGGGUCCAGGAACGGCCUCUCGGAGCGCAAGGCCGCCUGGUCCUGGCGCCGCAUCUACAACAGCCUCUUCGCCACCGACCGCAUCACCGUCGGCCCGGACCCUUGCGCGUUCAAGCCGGGACCCAGGGCGGCGCACCCCCAACUGCCGAGGGUACAGCCGAGGGGGCCAACGAAAGGGGCUGGGCCCGGUGCGGAUGGCUAUCUGGGCAGGUCUGCGCCGACCUACACGCCGUCAGACUUCGUGUCCGUGUUCUCGGUGGACUACAACCCCUCUGCCAACGGGCGGUCAAGCAGAUGCAUGUUUUGUAAGCAGAAGCUGGACCGUGAUCCAGAUGCGGAAUCAGCACUUUCUCUAUCCUGUAGAAAAUGCGGCGAA